GUGUCAUGGUCGCUCAUGAGUGUGUCUCUGUCCCCUCAGAUGCUGCAGGACUGCACCAAAGCCAGGAGAGAGGUGGAGCUGCACUGGCGAGCCUCGCCGUGCUCGCACAUCGUCCGCAUCGUCGACGUCUACGAGAACCUCUACCAGGGGAAGAAGUGCCUGCUCAUCGUCAUGGAGUGUAUGGAUGGAGGAGAGCUGUUCAGUCGCAUUCAGGACCGCGGGGACCAGGCUUUCACAGAGAGAGAGGCUUCUGACAUCAUGAAGAGCAUUGGGGAGGCCAUUCAGUUCCUCCACGCAAUUAACAUCGCACACAGAGACGUAAAGCCCGAGAACCUUCUGUACACCUCCAAGCGGCCCAACGCCAUACUGAAGCUGACGGACUUCGGCUUUGCCAAAGAAACGACGACGCACAACUCCCUCGCCACGCCCUGCUACACUCCUUACUACGUCGCCCCGGAGGUCCUCGGCCCAGAGAAGUACGACAAGUCCUGUGACAUGUGGUCACUCGGGGUCAUCAUGUACAUCUUACUCUGUGGCUACCCCCCGUUCUACUCCAACCACGGGCUGGCCAUCUCCCCCGGGAUGAAGCGACGUAUUCGCAUGGGCCAGUACGAGUUCCCCAACCCCGAAUGGUCAGACGUCUCGGAGGAAGCCAAAGGCCUCAUUAGAACCCUUCUGAAGACUGAGCCCACUGAGAGGAUGACAAUCACAGAGUUCAUGAAUCAUCCCUGGAUCAACCAGUCGAUGGAAGUGCCUCAGACUCCUCUCCACACCAGCAGAGUCCUGAAGGAGGAGCAGGACGCCUGGGAGGAGGUCAAGGAGGAGAUGACAAGUGCCUUGGCCACUAUGCGUGUGGACUACGACCAGAUUAAGAUCAAGACCAUCAAGGACUCCACAAACCCUCUGCUGAUGAAGAGGAGGAAGAAGAUCAACACCGCAGCCACCUGCACAGAGAAUACAGACCCCGACACACAGACCCCUGCGCUCUGAAGAACACACACACACACCCACCUACCUGCAGUCGGUCAGGCUGAAACACACACGCUC